AGCAAUCUGUCUGUGAGUCCAUCGUCAAUAUAAACAAACUCGAAAAAGAUGUUCUCUGAUCAAACAUCUGAAUGUGUUUCAUUCCCGUCUUCUUGGAAGAGGGAAAGAUCUCUAGCUAACAGCAGUUGUCAGACAGGAGAUUUAAUCACAGAGGAAGUUGCAGUUCAGUCUAGAAAAUAUAGAGAUCAAAGGGUUCAAACAGAUGAAGAAAAAGACAAAGGGUUCCGUUUAGCAGAUGACAGAUCAGGGAAUCUAGCAGACUUUCUUGCUAGAGUGGAACCAUAUUUAUCCAAAGCCCUAAACAAAAAUAUGAGAAGUCAUGCUUUUGAUGAAUAUAAUGUAAUAUGGGAUGAAGAUAAUGCAUCUGUUAGCUGUAUACGUAAACUGGAAAAUGCUCAAUUUGAAGGACAGUUGCAGAUAACAGGAUUAUCAUGGAACUCCACAGGUGCAGUAAUAGCUGCAGCAUAUGGUCGUUAUGACCAUGAAGACUGGUGUACACACAAAACAGCUUUAUGUACCUGGAAUUUGGAGAGACGGAAUGUAGAUGAAAGUAAACCAGAUACCAUACUGGAAUUGUCUUGUUGUUUAAUGUGUGUAGCUUUUCAUCCUACUAACCCUGCAGUUAUAGCUGGAGGAAAUUUUGAUGGUGCAGUAUUAUUGUGGGAUUUAAGUAAAGAAGAUGAUAUGUUAUUAGCCACCUCAGAGACAGGAGACGAUUCACAUCAUGAACCAGUUUCUAAAGUCAUAUGGGUACCAGAUACCACCACAUCAAAAAAGAACAAAUUUUUGUUGAUGAGUGUAAGUGGUGAUGGAAAAAUGUUGGUUUGGAAAUAUGACAGAAAAACAAAGAAAUUUGAGCUGAAUAAUGGGUUUAUUUUGAUGUCACAAAGUUUACCAAAGGAGUUAAAGAAGACCAGAAACAUGAGAGGAGAUAAAGAAGUGGGCGUAACAAGUGUAUCAUUUAAUUGUGAAAAUAAAGAAAGUUUUAUAGUAGGAUCUGAACCUGGUGCCCUGUUUAAAUGUUCUAUGAAUGCACAUGGGGAACCAGCAGGAAGUCAUAUUGUUUCAUCUGUACCAUUGCGAUCACCUGUUACAUUCACAUAUAGUCCUCAUUAUGGUCCAGUUUAUUCAGCAGAGUUUUCACCUUUCCAUAGGAACGCCUUCCUCACAUCAGCAAUGGAUCAAACUAUACGACUGUAUACAAUGUUACAGAAACCACCUGUAAUAACAAUAGAACCUGGAGAAGGUUUUGUGUUCUCAGCAAAAUGGUCACCAGUAAGACCAACUCUACUAGCAGCUACAACAGAAACUGGUUACCUGUUAAUAUAUGAUCUUAAAGGGGACCAGACAGUUCCUGUGUUAAAAUUAGAAGCCAGUACCAAAAAGUUACCUGUGUAUACAUGUCAAUUUAAUAUGAACCAGCCUCAGUUGCUAGCUACUGGUGAUGGUAGUGGUACAAUUCAUGUGUUCAGAUUGAGUGAAGAUUUAAAGACAGCACAAGCUAGAGAAAUGGACAUAUUAAACAGUCUUGUUGAUAUAGCUGUAGAACAAUAGUUACAUAUUCAUGUCUAUCUUUUUCCAACUGUGAUCUAUUAUUUAUACAAAUAAAUCUUGUUAAAAUGUA